UCUUAGUGCCACGUUGAUGGAGACCAGUGGGGACGUGGAAAGCUGUCUGGAGUCCCGGUAGCCUCCUUCUUCUGGUUCCUUACGGCCAAAGCAGAACCUGAAAGGGAACCUGUGCGUGUUUGUCACCUGCUGCAUGUGUGUGUUCAUGUAACAGGCUGCAAAGAAGGGAAGGAUGAAACUUAAAGAGAUCAACCGCACAGCCAUCCAGAGCUGGAGCCCUGCACAGCACCACCCCAUCUACCUUGCAACAGGAACAUCAGCCCAGCAGCUGGAUGCCUCCUUCAGCACCAAUGCCUCCUUGGAGUUCUUCGAGCUGGACUUGACUGAGCCAUCUCUGGACAUGAAGUCAUGUGGCAGCCUCUCCACCUCUCACAGAUACCACAAACUGGUUUGGGGUCCAUAUGGAAUGGAUGAGCAAGGCAACCCGUCUGGGGUUCUUAUUGCAGGAGGCGAGAACGGCGACGUCAUCCUGUACGACCCCGCAAAGAUCAUGGCCGGAGAGACCGACGUGAUCAUUGCUGAGAGUAACAAGCACACGGGGCCAGUGAGAGCCCUCGACGUCAACCCGUUCCAGACAAACCUGGUUGCAUCAGGUGGGAAUGAGUCAGAAAUCUAUAUCUGGGACAUGAAUAACUUUGGCUCUCCAAUGACACCGGGACCUAAAACACAGCCUCUGGAGGACAUCAGCUGUGUGUCGUGGAACAGACAGGUCCAACACAUCCUGGCCUCGGCCAGUCCGAGUGGCCGAGCCUCAGUGUGGGACCUCCGCAAGAAUGACCUCAUCAUUAAAGUCAGCGACCACAGCAACAGAAUGCAUUGCUCCGGUCUGGCUUGGAACCCAGAAGUCGCCACUCAGCUGGUCUUGUCGUCGGAGGACGAUCGGAUGCCGGUCAUCCAGAUGUGGGACUUACGUUUUGCUACCUCUCCUUUCAAGAUUUUAGAGAACCACACACGAGGUGUCCUUUCCAUCGACUGGAGCUUGGCUGAUCCAGAGCUGCUCCUGAGCUGUGGGAAAGACAACAGGAUUCUGUGCUGGAAUCCAAACACAGCAGAGGUGCUGUACGAGCUGCCCACCAGCAGCCAGUGGUGCUUUGACAUCCAGUGGUGCCCCAGGAACCCCGCGGUGCUGUCGGCCGCAAGCUUUGACGGACACAUCGACAUCUAUUCCAUCAUGGGAGGAACCAACCAGGCGCAGAGCCAGAGACAGGCCGACCAGAUUAGCAACUCGUUUGGGAACAUGGAUCCGUUUGGGACCGGACAAACUUUACCCCCGCUGCAGAUGCCCCAGACUGCUGCCCCGCCAACGACAGUCAACCCUCUGAAGAAGCCGCCGAAGUGGAUCCGCCGACCCGUCGGAGCCUCGUUUGCUUUCGGUGGGAAGCUGGUGUCUCUGGAGAACAUCAAGCCGAACCCUCAGCAGCCUCAGCAGUCCCCUUCUCACGUCGUACACGUCAGCCAGGUCGUCACGGAAACGGCCUUUCUGAAGCGCUCCGAUCAGCUGCAGGCUACUCUGAGUGCCGGCAGCUUCGUGGGUUUCUGCCAGGAGAAGAUCGACGCAGCUGAAAAUGAGUUUGAAAAGACUCUCUGGUCUUUCCUCAAGGCUAAUUUUGAAAGUGAUAUCCGCAGCAAAUACCUGGAACUUCUGGGGUAUAACAAAGAGGAGCUAGCCUUAAAGAUUUCAGCAGCUCUAGAGGAAAAGCCUGCUGAACCUCCACAGGUGGAGGUGCCCGCUCCAAUCAGCCUGCAGCCUUUACCAGAACUCAGCAUCCUGCCGCCCGCUGACACUCCAGAGGCGGCGUUCGAUAUGAUCGCUGCAGCAGCCGUGCCGCUUUCUGACACUCCUGAAGCAGCGUUCAAUAUGAUCGCUGCUGCAGCCGUGCCGCUUUCUGAAACUCCUGAAGCAGCGUUCAAUAUGAUCGCUGCUGCAGCCGUGCCGCUUUCUGAAACUCCUGAAGCAGCGUUCAAUAUGAUCGCUGCAGCAGCCGUGCCGCUUUCUGACACUCCAGAGGCGGCGUUCGAUAUGAUCGCUGCAGCAGCCGUGCCGCUUUCUGAAACUCCCGAAGCAGCUUUUGAUUUGAUCGCUGCAGCAGUUGUGCCGCCUGCUGACAAUCCUGAAGAUGCUUUCGAUAUGAUCGCUGCAGCAAACCUUGAGCCAGCAGCCACGAUGGAACUGGACUUGGCUCCUGACUCCGGGACUGAAGAGCCAGCAGAAGCAGAAGCAGAUCAAGAAGACGCUCCUCCAAGCGAACCACUAGCAAAUGGGGAGCAGGUUCUACCGGAGGAGGAAGCAGAGGAAGAGGAGAUCCCCUUGGAGGAGGAGGAGGAGGAGACGGCAGCACCGGUGGAGGAGGAGCCCAGUCCUCCUGAGGCCUCGGCUCCAGUCGAGGAGCCAACGAAGGAUCCAGCUCCAGCUCCUGCUCCAACGCCGGCACAAACAGAAGGAGUCAGCCUCAGCAUCAGUCAAGACGUGGACGGGCUCAUCACACAGGCCCUGCUGACCGGAGACUUUGAGGGAGCUGUGGAGCUCUGUCUCCAUGACAACCGGAUGGCAGACAGCAUCAUCCUGGCCAUCGCCGGAGGGUCCGACCUUCUGGAGAAAACCCAGAAGAAGUACUUUACAAAGACGCACAGCAAGAUAACCAAGCUGAUCAGUGCAGUGGUGAUGAAAGACUGGCAUGACAUCCUGAAGACGUGCGACCUGCAGAACUGGAAGGAGGCUCUGGCUGCUGUCAUGACCUACGCUCAGCCUGAGGAGUUCUCUUCCCUCUGUGACCUUCUCGGAGGCAGACUGGAGGCAGCAGAGGACGCCCAGCUGCAAGCCCAGGCCUGUCUGUGUUACAUCUGUGCUGGAAAUGUGGAGAAACUUGUGUCUUGCUGGACCAGAGCCCAAGACGGACACAGUCCACUCUCCCUCCAGGACCUGGUGGAGAAGGUGGUGGUGCUGCGGCGUGCAGUGGAACAGACCCAGCGCUCCGGUGCCACUGCUAUCGGCGUCCUGCUGGCUGAGAAGAUGAGCCAGUACGCCAACCUGCUGGCCUCUCAGGGCAGUCUGUCCACCGCCAUCACCUACCUGCCUGACAACACCAACCAGGUUUCCAUACAGCAGCUUCGUGACCGUCUCAGUCGAGCUCUCGGGCAGCAGGCGGCGCCGGCUCCUGUAGCUCCUGUAGCUCCGGUACAAACCCAGAGAGCUCAGACUCAGAUACCAGCCCCGACUCAGACUCAGGCUCAACCCCGGCAUCAGUUCACUCCAAUCCAGCCCGCCAUGGUGCCUCAGCCCACUUCAGCAGCUCCAGUUGCCAUGCUGACACCUGCUUCCUCCGCCCCGGCACAGCCGCAGUAUUACCAACCAGUGAGGGCUACGUCCACUGUCACCUCCUGGAGUAACCAGACUCCCACAGCCCUCCCCAAUGUCCCUCCUCCUCCUCUCCAAGUAGGCAGAGCCUCAGAGCAGCAGGCGGAGCCUUCAAACUCCAUGUACGGGAUGCCUCCGUCCUGCACAGCUGCUCCUCCUCCAGCCUCCUCCACUCCUGCAUACAUGUACUCCCAUCAGUACCAGCCAUACCCCCAGGUCAACCAGUACCCUCCUGGAGCUGGGGGGGCUCCUAUCUAUCAGCCUCUUCAGUACUCCUCCUCCUCCUCCUCUGCUGCUCCUCCUCCUGCAGAGCCACCAGGCUUUCUCUCUCAGUACACACAGCCCACAUCUCCGGUCUAUCCUGGGCAUCCUCCCAUCAGCCAGUGCCCGUCCUCCUCUCCUCCCUCCCAUCCUCCUUUCUUUCCGAACUCCUCUUCCUCCUCCUCCUUUUCUGCUCCUCCGUCCUCCGGAGCGUCUUUCCAGCAUGGCGGGCCGGGAUCUCCUGUGUCGUACAUGCAUCCUCCUCCGCCGUUCGGAUUCUCAGGGCCUCAGAAUGGCUGGAAUGACCCUCCGGCCCUGAACAGAGCUUCAAAGAAGAAGCCGGCUCCGAUGAACUACACCCCUCCCACCCCCAUCACUGCUCCCAUCAUGGCUCCACUGGGUUCUGACCCUCAGGCCCAGCCGGUCCCCUCUGGGGCCCCUCAGGCCAUGGGCCAGGGGCCACACGGAGGCCAGGUUCCCUACUCAGGCAUGCACCAGCAGCACCAACAGCACCAGCAGCACCAACAGCAGCAGCUUUCCCCUCCACCCAUGAACCCUGCAAUGCCCAAGACCAGUAUGGAGGGGGCCCCAGGAGCUCCCACUGGAGAUGUUAUACAGUCCAUCCCUGCUGAGAAGAUCAUGAAGAAGCCGAUCCCCGAGGAGCACCUGGUCCUGAAGAACACGUUUGAGGGGCUCAUCCAGAAGUGCUUGGCUGUAGCCACCGACCCUCAAACCAAGAGGAAGCUCGAUGACGCCAACAAACGUCUGGAGGCGCUCUAUGACAAACUCAGAGAGCAGACGCUCUCUCCGGCCAUCGUAGGAGGACUUCACAACAUAGCCCGGAGUAUAGAGACCCGAUCCUACACGGAGGGCCUCAACAUCCACACCCACAUAGUCAGCAACAGCAACUUCAGCGAGACGUCGGCGUUCAUGCCCGUCCUCAAGGUGGUGCUGACACAAGCCAACAAACUCGGGGUGUGAGAGUCGAGCUGCUUUCACUGGGAGAUUUUUUUCUUUUGGCCAAGAAUUCUGAGAUGUAUGAAAAUUCUUCUUUGUGCCAUUCAUGUUUUCUGACGCAACUCAAAACACAAGCCAUGAUAUCAGUCGCACUCAGUGGUGAAAGUGACUUCUGAGCCCCGUGCAAACUGCAAAC